GCGAGAUCCCUGUGCCUCUCAGAAUGGCUCUAGGUGGCUAUGAGGAGAUUCUCAAGUACUACCAGUUACAUGAAACAAUUGGAACAGGUGGGUUCGCAAAGGUAAAACUUGCACGACAUCUUCUCCCUGGUGAAAAAGUUGCAAUAAAAAUCAUGGACAAACUUGCUCUAGGGGAUGACUUGCCUCGUGUUAAAAUAGAAAUUGAUGCCAUGAAGAACUUAAGGCACCAGCAUAUUUGCCAGUUGUAUCACGUGAUAGAGACGUCCCAGAAAAUCUUCAUGGUCUUAGAGUACUGUCCUGGAGGAGAGCUGUUUGAUUACAUAAUUUCUAAGGACCGCCUUUCAGAAGAGGAAGCUCGUGGGUUUUUUCGGCAGAAUGUUUCAGCAAUUGCUUAUGUUCACAGUCAGGGAUAUGCCCACAGGGAUCUCAAACCAGAAAAUCUGCUAAUUGACAAGGAACAUCAUUUGAAGCUGAUAGACUUUGGACUCUGUGCAAAGCCAAAGGGUGGCCUCGAUUACCAUCUGAACACAUGCUGCGGAAGCCCAGCUUAUGCAGCACCAGAGCUGAUUCAGGGCAAAGCAUAUAUUGGCUCAGAGGCUGGCGAAGAAUUUCCCCCGCAGGAGGCAUGCACGCGGGGCAGCAGAGUGUGGGACGCCUGGUGUGGCCGCUGA